AUGUUCAUCUCUGUCGUGCCUGUCGUCUCCUUCCUCGCUGUCAUGGCCGGCUUGGCCCAGGGCUCACCCACCGAGUUCACCGCUGUGCGACGCAACGGAACCGACCUGGACAAGCGCGUUAACAACGCUCGCAUGACUUAUUACAACGUUGGACUCGGGGCUUGCGGGAUCACCAACCAGCCUACCGAUUUUGUCGUAGCGUUGGACGCAACUGACUUUGGGUCUGGCUACCCCGGCCCGCACUGCUUCCAGCACAUUUCCAUCACCGCCAAUGGGAAGACGGCCACUGCCGAGAUCGUCGACAAGUGUCCCGGGUGCCCUGUUGGUGGGCUUGACCUCAGCGAGGGCCUGUUCAGUUUCUUCGCGCCUCUCAGCACUGGUGUCAUUUACGGUUCGUGGAACUACGUCUAG